AUGGCAGAGAAGGGCGACUACGAGGCCCUCGAGAUGGGCCCGCCAGCCGCCGGCCAGCUCCCCUACAUCGACUCGCCCGACCACCGUACCUCCGCCUCGACCCUCGACUACGACGACGACGACGACGCCGACUUGGACGAGCAGGGUCACGCCUACCUGUCGCAAGAUGCACCAGCUCACCGCAGCACGAGCUCGCGGUCCCCUCGAGUGCUCGUCGCCGCCCUCGCCGCCUUCGCCCUCGUCGCCCUGGGAACCGCCCUUGCCGUCCUUCCCUCGUUCCGCCACUCGCUCCUCCCGUCCAGCUCCACCAGCCUUGCACGAGUCGAGCGCAACCUGAGCGUCUCGCUCGCCGACUACCUCCACGCGCGGUUCGACCCCGACAAGCACGUCGUCGCCUUCACGAUGGCGACCGGCGAGCCCAACUACGUCCCGCAGGCGCGCAACUGGGACGCCAAGCGCGCCGAGCUCGGCAUGGACGACAGCGUCGUCGUCCUGUGCCUCGACGAGGCGUGUCUCGACGAGUGCGAGCGAGGAGGGCUGCGCGCGUUCGGAGGGUACCUCGUCGUCGACCUGCCGCCGCCCACGAGCCGACGCACCAAGCGUGGCAAGGAGCGAGGGCAUCGCAUGGCGUACCUCAAGUUUCUCGCCAUGCUCGAGAUGGCGCAGAGCGGGUUCCCGUCGCUCUUCUUCGAGGGCGACACUUUCCUCACCGCCGACCCGUAUCCGCACAUGCUCUCGCUCUCGGACGACUCGUGGGACCUCCAGUUCACCGAGGACAUCGGCUACGUCGUCAACUUCGGCUGGAUCUUCUCUCGACCCUCGACCGCCACGGUCGCGUUCUGGCAACGAGCGUUCGACGCUUACCUCAAGAAGAACGAGUGGGAUCAACAACUGCUGUCAGGAAUCGUUCGGGCAGGAGCGCGCGAGACUCGCGGCGAGAACGGCGACCAGCACUGGUGGUUCCUCGACGACAUCGACUUGCGCGUCUCGAUGCUCCCCCUGUCCACCUUUCGUGCCACUCACGUCGAGAUGCUCAACUGGUACACGCCCGAGGCCGACGAGCUCGAGCCCAUCAUGAACCACCUCACUGCUGUCACCUUUCCCAAUCGUCAGUUCUACCCGAAGGAGCGUGGCUGGGCGACCGACCUCGACUCGUUCUACUCGCGGCGCCGACCCGUCCUCGCCUCGGGCCCGCUGAACGGCACGCUGCACGAGGUCUUGCGCUACGCCCGGACGCUGUACGUCCUGUCGGCCGUCAGUGGACGAGCGCUCCUCUUGCCCGACGACGUCACGGUGCAUGGCGUCCAGGACGGCACGCCGUACAGCUUCACACGGACCUUUACGCGGUUCGUCGCGAUCGACACAGCCGUCAACGACCUCGACCUGCUCGAGCCCGCCUUCUUCGCCCACGCCGCCAAGUACCUCGCUGCGCCCACCCUCGCCGCUUGGUCCUCCUCGCGCACCCAGCUCUCCCUCCCUUCCUUCUCCGACCCGCACGCCCUUCUCGCCGCCGUCCGCUCGACGAAGGAGGACGUCGUCGUGCUCGACGGCUGGGGCGACGGCAACGCGCGGCAGUGGACGCUCGAGGACUUCCCGGCCGACGUUGACGGCGACCUUGCCGACCUCGUGCGGGCGCUCAAGCGCUCAGUCGGCUGCCAGGGCUUCCACAUCGACCACCUACCUUUCCCGCACUGCCAGCCUCUCGCCGUACCCGUACCUUGA